AGGAUCUAUGUCUCUUCACUGCUAAUGUUUUGUCUUCACAAGCAACACAACCAAUAAGGUUGAACUCUUUCCUUUGGUCACACCUUCUCAGCAUGCGGUUAUUUGAGAAAGGCUUACAUUUUCCCAAGUAUUGAACUUCACUUGAUGUGCUUCGAGGGGUACAAGUUACAACUAAUUGGGCAUUGUUCUCCGGUAUUCUCCUUUUCCGCUUGUCUAUCAUGACAAUUUACUAACCACACUUUUUCGCCUUCAUUUGGACGGGAUGUGUUGCACUUCUGAGAGUUAGGCUUUUUUUUACACAUACAUACGUGUAUUUCAGAUUUUAAACUCUCACCUUUGCCAUUGGGGACAGUGCUAGAAGACUCUGGAUCACAGGUUUUGGACAGCCGUUAAGCAAUUACCGUAACGUAAUAUGAGUCCCAUCGUGAAGGUCUUAUUAGUAUUACAACUGUACGUAACGUUUACAUGUGUUGCAAAUGAAGUUGAUUUUCUGUCUGGAACAAAGAAACUUCCAGGCUCAUGUGACUUUCAAGGUGGCAUCUGUGGGUAUGAGUCUGAAAAUACGUCAUCUGUGGAAUGGAUUCUGAAUGAGGAAGGUCGUUACAUUUCUCUUGACCACUCAUUUGGAGAUGGACCCCAGAAGUCUGUACUUGUUAGUCCAGACUUACAGCCCAUGGAAUGGACCUGCCUAAGAGUCAUAUAUCAGAUUUCUACAUCAGUACCUGACUAUGACCCUAGCAAGUUGAAUGUGUACAUAAGACCUGAGGGUGAGAGCUUUGAUUUCUUGCUGUGGUCUGGAAGUGACCCUUCAGACAGUUGGCUAAUUGCAAGCAUAGAUCUGAAAAAUACAUCACAAAGUUACAAGAUUGUCCUUGAAGGUCUUCUUGGAGAAGACACUGGUGCAAGUAUUGCAAUCUUUGAAAUCAGCUUGACUUUAGGAUACUGCCUUGCUUGUGAUUUUGAAGAAAACAGUAUUUGUGGAUAUAUGAAUUUCUGGAAUCCAAAUGUCAACUGGUUUGUAGGAGGAGGUGCAGUUCGAAAUUCCCCUUCCACACUGACAAUGGAUCACACACUGAAGAAUGAAACUGGCCACUACAUGUAUGUUGAUUCGAUUUAUGCCAAGAGGAUCCAAGAAGUAGCCCAGCUGAUGUCACCUAUCACCACAACACCAAUGUCAGGAUGUUUUUCCUUUCAUUAUCAAAUCCAGAAAGCAAGUGAAAUCGAAUUCAUGCUUUAUACCAGAGAUAAGUAUGGCCAUUAUGAAGAGAUCUGGAAGGCUGAGGAGUAUACACCAUCCAAAUGGAAUUUAGCUGAAGUGAAUAUUAGGGCUCCUUAUCCAAUUGCGGUGAUCUUUGAAGUUGCGUUCUACAGUGCAGUGGCAGGAUAUGUUGCUCUGGAUGACAUUUCCUUCUCCCCACAUCUCUGUGCAAAUGAAACAGAUAUAUUUUUUGACACAUCAGAGGCAAGCUGUGAUUUUGAAGAUGAUAUCUGCAGUUUUAAGCAGGACAUAAGGGAUGGUCCCGGAUGGACCAGGGUAACUGUGAAACGAAAUGUAUACAGACCAGGAGAUCAUACCACAGGACAAGGUUACUUUUUACUAACCAGUACAAAAUCAUCAAGAUUUCAGUCUGGAUAUAUUAGACACCUAUAUGGUCCUACUCUGCCAGAAGACCUGAAGUACUGCCUGAGGUUUUUUUAUGCCAUGUAUGGUUACAGUAAAGUGACCUCUACUUUAGCUGUCUAUUUAUAUGAAGAGAAUUUGAUCGUUCGAGAAAAAAUCUGGUCUUCCCCAUCGACUUCAAAAGGUAUAUGGACAGAGGCUGAAGUUAGCUUCCAGAAACCUAUGUCCACAAAGAUAGUGUUUGUGAGCCUUUGUAAAAGUUUCUGGGAUUGUGGACUGAUUGGUCUGGAUGAUAUUACUGUGACCCUGGGAGACUGCAGGAAUAAACAAGGUCUAUGGCUGUCCCAUCCUGGUGAAUGUACAUUUGAGGUGGAUGGCUGUGGCUACACUCAACAGAAGAGAGACAGAAGCAGCUGGCACAGAACAAGAGGCUCAACUCCUACUUCUUUCACUGGUCCCCAGGGAGACCACACCACAGGGGUAGGGUACUACAUGUAUAUAGAGGCUUCUAAUAUGCACAUGGGGCAGAAAGCACGUCUUUUCUCACAGUUGCUACGUGGAGUUUAUGGACUGCAAUGUGUGACUUUUUUCUACCACAUGUAUGGAUCUGGAACUGGGAUACUAAACGUGUAUUUGAAAGUAGAAGGUGAAAAUAAAGAACAGCUUCUCUGGAGGCGCGUAGGAGACCAGAGUAUUUCUUGGCUCAGAGAUCAAGUAGAAUAUAAAUGCAACCGGAACCAUAAGAUCAUCUUUGAAGCCAUACGUGGCCUGUCAUUAAAAAGUGAUAUUGCAAUAGAUGACAUUUCGUUACAGAAGGGAUCUUGCAAAGAAUUAGAAAUUACUCGUUAUUCUUCAAGAAUUUUAGAAGAUCUGAAUGAAAUUGAAUAUUAAAACUGAAUAUUAAAACUGAGGAUGCAUUCGGACAGGAUUGACAACCUUAAAAGAUGUCCCUGGAGCUGUCAUUACUCAGAAGCUGCACAACUGUAUUUAAUAAAAAGACAUCUUGAACUUGUCACUAGUAAAUGAGAAGGUACAAUGGAGCCGUCAUUUUUGUCAGAAGCUGCAGAACUAUAUUUAAUAAUGGUCCACCUUGAAUUUGUCACUAGUCAGUUAAGAAAGUACAACUCCAGGCAUCGUUCGUGACAUAAAUAACAAUGGAAACUCUGACUCAGGGCUUCUAGUUUCUUAUUGUACCUACCUGCAUGCUAAUUUUUGCACAUAUUUUGUUAUAUUAAAGUAACGAUAAGAAAAACAAUUUGUAAAACUUUUUACAUGAAAGUAAAAA